AUGGUGCUCGAUUACAGCAAAUGGGAUGCGCUUGAGCUGUCUGAUGAUUCGGACAUCGAAGUACACCCUAAUGUCGACAAGCGCUCCUUCAUCCGUGCCAAACAGGCUCAGAUUCAUCAGCAGCGCAUGCAACGCCGCCAUGAAAUCGAAACUCUAAAGUACGAGCGUGUCAUUAACGACGGACUUCUAUCCCGCAUAGACCAACUCCUGAAGUCACUCCAACAGCAUGAGGGUUCCUCGAAAACACCCGAAGAAGUGGUUUUCCAUGUCCUCAUGGAGUCGGCAAGCAAUCCCUCAGAAGAUCAGCCCCCUGCCCCACCAGCCGGUGUAUACACGCAUGAGAAAGAACAGCCGAAGUAUUCUCAAAUGAUGAGCUCACUGGUGGAUCAGGUUAAGAAGGAGAUGGGCGAAAUUAGCUCCGACAACCUCCUCAAGGAAUACAUUAAGGGUGUGCAAGGACACAAGGACAAGGUACAAGGCUUGCAGAAGGAAUUGCUGGCGAAACUCGCAGAACUGGAGAAGGAAGAAAGCAGCAAAAUCACAAGCGACCAGAUACAUACCGGCUUUGACACAUCUUUCGUCGCCAAGAACGACUCUAAGGGCAAGGAAACUGAAACCAAGAAGGCAGAAUCUGUUGAGCUGCUGAACCCUACCGCGGUAUCGGGGGCUUCGUCGCAGAAGGCGACCGCUGAUGAAGAGGAAGAGGACCCAGAAAACAUGAAGGCUAGUGAUCUGGCCAAGCGGUUUGCAAAGAUUAAUCGUAACGAUUACCGUACCUUGCUUCAGUUCAUCUCUGAGCACCCAGACCUCGUCGCAGAGAAGGAAACGGAUGGUCUGCUAGUCGAAGCAUUCAAUAGCCAAAUGGAUGGUAAUGAGGACUAUGCUCGUACAUGUGUUCACCAUGGCCUACUGCUACAGUAUUGCCGCUCCUUGGGCCGUGACGGCAUUUCUCUCUUCUUCAAGCGUAUCACGACGAAAGAUCAUCAAGCAUCGACGCUUUUCCGAAACGAUGUCAAUGAAACCUACAAUAAGAUCAAGACUCGUGCAGCAGAACUCGCUAAGGAUGGUUCUGCAUCCAACGACCCCGCUGGUGUUGAGCAGAUCCAGCUUCAUGCGGUUGACCCCAACACCAAGAUCACUAUCAAUAUCCCUGCUGCGGAGAGUAGCGAACCUGUCGAAGUCGAAGCACGCAAGAUCUUUGAAUCAUUUUCGAAGGACUUGCAGCAGGCAUUGAGCUCUGAAUCUUUAGAUGAAGUCAAUAAGGUCCUCGGCAAGAUGAGUGUAGAGGAGGCAGAAGACGUUGUGGAGAAGCUUGGUCAAAGCGGUAUGCUCAGCCUCGAGGAGGGUAUUGUGGAUGCUACCACAGAAGAAGGUCGGAAGAAGUUGGAAGAGAUCGAAGCCGAAAGCAAGAAGGAUAAUAAGAUUGAGGAAGUGGGAGAGCCGGGCGGUGACAUUACUGAACUUGACUAA